AUGGAGAGCACUGCUGUAACCCAAACACCAAAGGUUGCCACUUCUACUAAAGAUGUCAGACUGGUUGGUGGUGAUAAUGCUUGGUCUGGGAGGGUUGAGGUCUACAGGAAUGACACUUGGGGAACAGUAUGCGGGUACGGCUUCGGGACUCGAGAAUUGGACGUCACUUGCAGGAGUCUUGGAUAUUUCGACGGAGGAUGGUUGUUUUACAAUGCCGCUUUUGGGGAAGGAAAUGGUUCAAUCAUUAUUGAAAAUCUUCGAUGUCAAGGAAAUGAAACGGAUUUAUCACAGUGCGAUAUCCGAUAUCUAACCUCCAACACGUACUGCCACCACAGAAAUGAUAUCUCCAUUUCCUGCAGAGUUGGGGAGUCACCAGGUUAUACAGAAGGUGUCCGACUGGUGGGCGGGGAUCACGCAUGGUCCGGCAGGGUGGAAGUAUUCCACAAUGGGCAUUGGGGAACCGUGUGUGAUUUCCUCUUCGACGACAAAGAAGCGGAUGUUGUUUGUAGAAUGCUUGGAUAUCACAGCGGUGGAUGGGCAUUUGCCAGCGGUGUUUUUGGUUACGGAUCCGGACCGAUGUGGGCAGGAAGUUUGAAUUGCGUUGGAAAUGAGACGGACCUGAAGCAAUGUCCUUCAUAUUCGGAGUGGGGUCGUGCUUCCUGUGCACACAAGGAGGACGCCUCCGUCUCGUGUAGAAAUGGAACGGAAGCAAAUAUCACAGGCAAUACAAGUCUUCCUACACUAACAAAAUUUCCCUUCCCGAACAAAUAG